AUGGAAAUCAUCAAUACAGCUGUCAGACGCUUUGAUCUUAUCAAGAUAAUAAAGCUUAUCAACAGAAUUUGUGGCCAGGUUCCCACCGACAAGCUUGGUCGAUCCAUUCAGACUAGUGGAGCUACCGUCAACUACCUAGUAUCGGCCGUCGCGACCAAUACGGGCACCAUCAAGAAUGACGAAGGUUCGGCGUGGGUUGAUGACGAGUCGCUUGAAUUACAAGAGUUCCAUGCUACGUUCGCAUAG